AUGACUUUUAGUUCUGAAAAUCUUUUUCUAUAUAGAGCUAAAUUUAUAAUGAAAUCUCUGGGAGUAUGGAUCCCUUCAAAAAACGAGUCAUUGACACGUAAAGUACACAGAAUUUUCACGAUGACGAUACAAUACCUGCUUCUGACUUUCCAGAUGAUACACAUUUUUCAAGUGUGGGGCGAUUUGGAGGCAGUCUCUCAGGCCUGCUAUUUGAUGUUCACACAAGCUUGUCUCUGUUUUAAAAUUACAGUGUUCCAGGUGAAUAUGGGCAUGCUUAGACAGUUGAUAAUACAAAUGAACGCCGAUAUUUUUAGGCCGCGAUCCAUAGAACAUGAAAAGAUUCUCACCUUUCACGCGUCGCGUAUAAAAAGAUUACUGUUAGCAUUUAUGUUAACUUCGCAGACCACUUGUGCUCUAUGGGCAUUAAAACCGUUACUCGAUGAUAAAGGAACUCGGAACUUUCCAUUGGAGAUGUGGAUGCCACUGACAAAUGAGAAGUCACCUCAAUAUGAGCUUGGCUACUUGUUCCAGUUUUUGUCGGUUUCAAUGAGUGCUUUCAUGUACUUCGGUGUCGACAGCGUGACAUUUUCUAUGAUUAUUUUUGGUUGUGCUCAAAUUGACAUCGUGAAAAACAAGAUUAUGAAUGUUGCUUCAACACGUAAUACUAAAGGGAGUGCGCGUAGUAAAUUGUUAACAGAUAAUCAUAAAAUACUUGUUGAGUGUGUAGUGCAGCAUCAAGCCGUUAUAACACUCACUCAACUGGCUGAAAACACGUACCACACGUAUUUGUUUUUUCAACUCUCCGGGUCAGUUGGUAUUGUUUGUAUGUCCGCAUUACGGAUUUUAGUGAUAGAUUGGCAGAGUAUGCAGUUUUUCUCAAUAGCCCUGUACUUGUCGGUGAUGACAUGUCAGUUGUUUAUAUGCUGUUGGUGCGGACAUGAGCUUACUGCUGGUAGCGAAGAACUGCACACAGUUAUGUAUAAAUGCAUGUGGUACGAACAAGAUAUAAAGUUUAAACGCGAUCUAUGUUUCGCCAUGAUGCGCAUGAGUCGCCCCAUGGUAUUCCGUGCUGGACAUUACAUAACACUUUCAAGGCAAACUUUUGUGACUAUUCUCCGAAUGUCCUACUCUUACUUCGCAGUUUUAAACCAAACUAAUAAGAACUAAAGACACUC